AUGGGCUACGAGCAUACACGGAGUCCUGUAGCGAAGUUGCAGUCGAGGCCUACUUCUGGUGUCAGCUAUGGUCUUAGCCUGCGUGACUCGCGUAUGGUAAUUGGAAUGAAGGAGGGUGACGCUACCGGAUGUCGGGAGGGGGUGCAGUCAACUGGUGUUGUGGAGGGUGCUAGUGAGGGCAACUAG